AUGAUGAUGUCAGUCAGAAUGGCUCCUCCCCUUCCUCUGAUCUUCCUGCUCAUGAUUCACAGGGUUUCUGGUGCUAAUUGGGCUGUGAGUUACAGUCCUUCAUACAUCUGUGCACUGAAGAACUCAUCAGUGACAUUGAGCUGCACUUUUACAUACCCUACUAGACUUCAGAUCAUGAAAGUGUUCUGGACUAAAGAAAAAGAUCAAAUAAAAAAUGAUGAUCAUCCAGAUCUGUCUGUGGACCCUGAAUACAUUCAGAGGCUUCAGUAUCUGGGAGAUAAACAGCAGAACUGCACCGUCAGACUGAGUCAUGUGACAAAGAAAGAUGAACACAAGUAUUAUUGCAGAAUCACUACUGAUAACACAAAAGAAAGAUGGUUUGGUUAUCCAGGAGUGACCCUUAAUGUCACAGAUCUUCAGCUGGAGUCUCCUGAGAGAGUGACAGAGGGAGAUUCAGUCCGUCUGACAUGUAAAAGCAGCUGUAAUCUGACUGACACACCAACAUUCAUCUGGUACAGAAACUCACACACAUUGACUGAAGGAAUUAUUGGAAACAAUCUCAUCCUCAAGUCAGUCAGAAUAGAGGAUGUAGGCAACUAUAGCUGUGCUGUACGUGGACACACACUCGCAUCACCUGAGGUCUAUCUUAACGUCAUAUACAAACCCAGGAACGUCUCAAUGUCUAAA